CUCCUGGACCCGCCCCGGGCCCACCCCGGGCCCACCCCUCGCGUCAGGCCCGAGGGGCGGUGCGGGAAGGGAGCGCGUUCCCGGCUGGGCGGUGGAGGGAGCUCGACCCUCUCCGCCAGGAAACUCACGCAAGGCCCUGGAAUGGGCUGUGAGGAGACCCCGCCUCGAUCGCGGGAGCUUGGGCGGGGCAUGGGCGGGGAAGAAAAGGCUGCGGGAGCUCCGGUGCCCUGGGGUUUGGAGCAGAACGCAGAGGGAAAGGGAGCCGUGAUGGGGCGGCGGCUGAGCCCGGGAUUAGACUGCUCCUGCCUGAGGAGGGAGUAGGAAGGGAAGGAGGGAGGGGUGAGCAGGCGUGCGGGACGCGUCGGAAUGCUCUCUAGGUGAGACAACGGACAGCUGGCAUCUGAUUGGAAAAUACCUGUUGAAAUGCUGCCAGGGAAUAGCUUUGCCGUGAAAGGAUUCCUCCCGCGGCGCUUCCACCGGGGAAGGACCGCGCGGUGGUUCUCGCUCCCGUUCCUUGCCUGUUGCCGGCCGUUGGCGGCAGCUCCGCUCCCUGUGCCGGCCCCGGAGAUAGCGGCCUCCCUGGUGUCAUACCCGCGGCUGCUGUCGCUGGAGAAGCCUGUUACCAGCCUUAUAAAAGGUCACCAGCGAGGUCUCUACACGGUGUCGCUGGCGGUGGCGCCCAAAGAUGCCGAAGUCUGUAGGUUUGCGCUUCAGAGCAUUCCGUGCACGGGCGUUGGUGAACAGGGAGCUGCACGAGGGAGAAGGAGGAUACACGGGAGAGAUUCGAUUCAUUUCGCCUUUCUCGGCUUCCCUAUUACCUUCUGGAGCGCGUUGUCCCGCAGAGUCACCUGCAGGCAAAGCAAACCGCAGCACUGGUAUUGAAUCAUCCAUAAACAAAUGUUCGUGAUAAAGCCAAAGUCAGUAACUCCACUAUUUGGGGAACUGGCAUGAUAAUAAAAUAUUUGAAGUUCCAAAGGUCAAUAUUUUCUAAAGCAAAUGAAUAGGAAAGGCAUUCAGAUGAAGGCCUGAACGGCUUGGUAGGAAGUUUUUUAAGUGUAUGUACCAAAUGCUGUUCCAGAAUAGAUCAUUUAACAGCAGGCUCGAUUGCUCAAGUAAUAUUCCAAUUGUUCUUUGACAAUGUUUUGAUAAACAUUGAUAAAUUGAUAAAAUUUUUAUCAGCCAGCAAGCAAAUUUUGUUAAUUUGAUUGGUAUGUAAUACUCCUGAUGUUGAUUAGGCAUUAAUAACUGACUGCAAUUAGCAAAGCUGGAGGAAACUUUGUUUCUUACCGGAGAAACUGGAAGUUCACCUUUAGGUCACUUUCAGUUCUACAAACUGCACCUUGGAUAGUAAUCUCUUUUUCUGAUAAAAGAUGCUGAGUCACACACAAGGCCAAAGUAAACUGUUCUCUAGAGCUUGGUAUAUGACAAUUAGAAUUACAGAAGGCAAGCCUUUAAGGAGAGAGGAGGAUUCUGAGAAGAAAUAGAGAUGGCUAAGGAUUCUGUAAGUUCAGGCAAUAGGAGGAGUUUUAAUAAAAUUUCUCUAGUUGACUUUAAUAAAAUGCACUACUUCCACUUGAUAAAAUGGAAAAGGUGUGAGGCAUGUGGAUUUCGUGUGCCUUUACUGAAUCACUGUUGUGAGAUCCUGGAUCCGAAUCUCACUGAAUUACUGAUAUGGGUCAGAACCAACUCACUGUGAGCGUGUGUGUGUGUGUGUGUGUGCAUGUGGGGAAGGGCUGGGCCUGGACCUGCAGAUCCCUGGUAAGGCCUGCGCAUAAGGCCUGUGCUGAGGGUACAGGGCAAAGCUGGAAGGCAAGGCCUGCAGCCCAUGCAGAGCACACGGCAUCACUGAAGGCCCUGCAAUUGGGCUGUCAGUCAAGGCAGACCUGACUGGUAGCCUGUCCACAGGCUCCUGCAGCCUGUGACUGGCCACAGCAAAACUCACUCUAGCCUGGAAGGCACUGACUGGAUAUCCUGUCUGGGAGGGAAAACUGAACUCUAUAAGUAUUCCAUAUGGUCUCUCCCUCCCUCCCUCUGGUCUCUCCUGCAGCCUGAACCAUGUGAGUUGGUAACAAUUUCUUUCCUCUUCUCCUCCUUCUCUCUUCUCCCUCUCCAGCUAGCACCACAUGAAUCAUUGAAACUUGUCAGAAACUAUUCUCUACUCCUUUCUUUCUGUCUUUCUUUCUCUAUUCCUUCUCAUCUGUUUUACUCUUUUCCUUCUCUUGUGGGUAACUCAAAACCAAUGAACUGCGUUUUACUAAAGCUGUUGAAUGGAUUGUUUAGCGGGUGUUUUCUGUGGAAUGGGUCUUUGUGCUGAAUGUUUUAGUGAUAUACUUUUUAUCUUGGUUGUGUUUUACUCCUGUGAAAACCUUUUGCCAAAUAUCCUAUUUUUCUCACUAAAUUAAAAAGAAUUUCUCUCAGAGAAGAGUGUGUGACUCUUUCUCUGGAUGCUCAUUAGAGGUUAUAACGAACCAAAAGGCCUUUAAAAACUCUUAAAUAAAAAUGCAACUGCUCUGGUCAGUUUAUAGCUUAAUCCAGAGUGCAACAACUCUUUUUCAGAAUUUACACAGAAAAGUGGUUAACAAUAGCUGAAUUCCUGGGAUUCUCUCUACUUAAGAAGAUGGCAUUUUUUUCAGAAAGCCCUGCAUUGCAGUCAGUGAGCAGUGGAUCCUAUGCGCACCUUUGGGAAAAGGUACAUUUCCAUAAAAAUAAUAUUUGUGCUUUCUUUGAGUGUUGGUCAAAGAGGUCAUAAUUGGAAAAUAAAUGUCUUAAAUGAUUUUACAAGGUAUAUAUUUGAUUAGAAGGUUUCAGUUAUGGAAUUGAAACAGUUAAACCAUGAAUUAUAGUUGUAUUUUAAACUUUUUUAUUUUCAGUUUUCUCAUUAACUGACAGUGCAUAGGAAACCUUUGUUUGCUUCAGAGUAGGAUCGUAACGGUGAAAUGUCCUUUUGUGUAUGCUUGGAAAAGUCUCUACAAGGUUGUUGAACUUCAGCCAGCUGUUUGCCAUGCUGUAUUUAUUUGAACCCCCAUGGUUAGCAAAUAAGCCCACUAAUGACAGCUCUGUCUAUCAGCAAGUGCAUUACUUUCUCAUUGUUCUUUCUGCAGGCCUGCUAGAGUCUGGAAAUGCCUCACAGAAGCUCAGAGCCAGGAAAACAACAGUUAUUGGAAACCUAGUAGGAGACAAGCUGAAAUACAAGGUGUACUGCAUGUUCUAGAAGUGAUAAUGUAAGAAUGCCAUUUUGGUAUCCUUAAACAAGCUCCAUACAUAGAAUCAAUGGAAUUGCUCUAGGUGGCUUUUAACAAAGAACAACAUCAUAAACAGUUUCAAAGGAAACCAGUUUUGUCUAUACAUAAAGAAAUAAUAACUUGUGAAUUAUGUGACAUAUCAUGGUUUGUCCUUUUUUUUUUUUCUUCCCCUACAAGAUGAUUAUACUUAGAAAUUCCAUGUUUGGCACUCUCUGAUCCUUUUUUCUGCAUCCCCGCUGGUGUCUGAAUGGGUUCCUUGUUAGUUUUGUGAGCACUAUGAGAGAGCAGGUGUACUUUCUGGGUGCCCAAGUAAUUUCCUUAUACUGAGGAAGACCUAAGGCUUACUGCUGUUUUCCCUCUCUCCUCUAUGGCUGUCUGGUUUCUGCUGGAGAGAGACCUUGCAGGUGGGUGGGAAUCAAAGCACAGUUCCAUAGGUUUUGUAUCUGGGUGGUCAGGAGCAGGUGCUGUGUGUACACAGUGAAAUUUGCUCCAUACUUUAGAUCUUGCCUCUGGAAAAUAAUCUUGAAGAUUUUUCUUUCCAACUUCAACAGAAUAUAUUAUUAAUUUGGUGGCUGAUUUUUUUUCCUUUAUCCCAGUAAGAAUUUUACUAUGAAGUGCCUUAUUGUUUAGUGAUACCCAUAACAUGUUUCAAGUGUAAUGUAUUGAGGAAUACUUGACAUCCAGGUGGCUCAGCCUGCAAGCUGCAAGUUGAAAUACAAACUGGGCUCUGGGUGGGAGCACAAGAUGAGGCUGUGAACUGCCAAUGUUUGGGAUAACAAAGGACACAAAGAUGGCUUUGUCAGCAUUUUGAUAACAAAGGAGAUGAAGACAGGUGAUGCCAGCGAGGUGGAUGGACAUGGAGAGGGGAGGCAGGAGGAGAAGACAGAAAAGGAAGAGCCAGACUGGUGUGUGGGGGAGACUGUGAGGGUAUGAAAAAAGCCCAGGUGUUCUAGGCUCAGGGCUUGUUCUUGGAGGGACUGUCUUGAGUUGUUGUUGUGUUACUGUGCCAGGAAUAAAUUGCCUUGUGGAAUGUCUUAGACUCUGCUGAGGGAAACUUUGAGUUGAACUGGUAAGGAAAUAUGGUCUGUCUGUGUGUGAGUGGGGUGAGUGAGGUGUGUAGGGAGUCAAGUGGGAUGCCCAUCAGCUCUUUGGAGCCACCUACUGUGAAGGGCCUUUGGUCCCAGCAGUGAAAGUCUCUGGUUCUUGUAAGAGUGACCACCAGUGAGUCUCGUGAAUGAUCAGACUUGGAAGUUUUAUUAACAAAUGAAGCGUUAAAAAAUGAGAAAUGAGAAACUGCUCUUGUUGGACGAAGCUAUCUGUUGACUUAAAUCAAAAUAGAACUGUGUGAAAAAAUCUGAGCAGGCUGAGUGGAUUGACUAACAACAUUCAGUUUGGAUAAAUGUAGACAAUCCAGGCUGAAAGAAAAAAUGCUUGUUACACUAUUUUUUCCCUGCUUUUUAAUAUUUCUAAAUUCCAUAUGUCCACUUUGGUAUCAUCUCUAUAAAGUAGAAAAUUACCUGUUUAAAAUCAUCUCUUAUCAAUGUGGUGAUGUACCAUGUAAAAAAAUAUUUUGAAUUUUUUCUUUCUUAAUUUACAUUAGUGAUACAGCUUAAUUUGGAGUAACUCAUGCUUACUGAUCACCUCAUUAAAGAAGUAUGCCAGAUGUAGAUUUGGAUGGUUAGAAAAAGUGUUUAAGGGCUAAGGAAAAACUUAAAAUUAUUGUGGAAAAAUGGAAUGGUAUAAAAAAUAAGAUGCCUAAAAUAACACUGAACCAAAAGCAUAACAGCUGAAUUGAAAAAUCAAAAUUUAUAAAGGGCAAUACUUUUUAUGUGCCAUAGCUAUGGUUUGGAUUUUAUUUCUUUGGGAAUCUGCUGAGGCUGUUGCAGUAUUGCAGAGCAGUGGGAUACUGAUAUGAACCGCAAGAACAUGUGAAUCUGUCGUUAAGUCUGUCACACUUUGUAAGGGAUUGUCGGAAGAUAAACUUCAGCUCAGUCAGGCCCAAUACAGGAAUAUAAGCGUUAAUCAGCUAGUCAGAGAAGGAAAAGGGCCACUAAAAAAACACAUUUGGAUGUAUUUGGGAGAAGCUGGGUGCGCCACUGCUCCCUGCUGUCCGUGUUGCUGAGCUAUAGUAUGUGGUUGCUGCAGCAGAAAAAGGCAGCAGCUAGUCGGGGAAGAAGGCCGAGGGGGUCCCAGCGCUGUGGGUGACACAUCUUUGCGAAGCAGCUCGCUCUCCUUGCUGCCCUCGUUCCCCGGUGGCUCAGGAGCGCUGGGCAGAGCGAAGCCGGCGGAGGCUCCGCUCCGUGAGGCGGAGGUAGAGCGCGGCUUCCCGCGGCCUCGGGAAGGAGCCGCCCCGCUCUCUGCGGGACUCGCCCGCCCUUUCGGUUUCGCUUCCACGGAGCGGGCGGUGCUGCGGGAAACGAAACUUCGUGCGGCGCCAGGCUGGGCUGCACCGCUCCGGCUGCUGGAGCUGCGGGUCCUGGAGCUUCUGCUGCGGCUCGCAGAAUCUAUUUGAGAUUGCACCAAAAUGGAUCUUGAAUGUAUGGAGAAGAUCAACCAUUACUGUCAAAUAAAUAAACUUACACUGCUUUAUGACACUGCUGGGAUGACUGGCCCAUCUCAUGAUCCUGAGUUCACAAUUGUGGUCAAACUAAAUGAUGUGGAAUAUGGUACAGGCACUGGUAAAAGUAAGAAAGAAGCAAAAAGAGUAGCAGCAAAAAAAACGUGGGAAAUGAUUGAGAAACAGAGUCCUUCAAGUAUGGGUGCUGCAGAAUCAGCAACAACUCAAACAAUCUCAUCACCUGAACCAGACAGAAACUAUGUCAGUCUACUGAAUAUUUUUGCACAAAGGACACGGCUAAAAGUUGAUUAUCCUGAAAGAACUCGUACUGGAGAUGCCCAUGCUCCCAUAUUUUCUUGUAGCUGUACAAUUAGUGGUCAGGUGUAUGGAAGGGGCACUGGACCUACUGUAGCUGCUGCAAAACAAGCUGCUGCAAAACAAGCAUUUGAGAAGGUGGAAACUGAAAAAUCUAAUGGCAAUUCAAUAUUUAGCAUACAUAGUAAUUCCUCUCAAGUGCCAACUCAGUCUGAUUCGAACAGUAUUUCCUUUGAAGACUCAGCUCCAAUGUUGGUAGAAAAAAUGAAAGACAUGGCAGUAUGUGAAAAGCUUUCACCUUCUCAGAGAAAUGCACAGAGUUCUGCCCUGAAGUCCAAAAGAAAAUUGGCAGCUAAUUUUCCUAAUGUAAGAAAAGAGGAAGAGAACAAAAAUAUGUCAGAUUCAGAUGAAAGUUUGCCAGAUGUGGACACGAAUACCAGAAAAGGGAAUGGAAAUCCACACACUGUUGAUAAAAUAUUUCUUGAUAAUUUUAAAAAUAUAGAGCCUAUUGGUGAAGGUGGUUUUGGGAAUGUUUUCAAGGCAAGAUCAAAGUGCGACAAGACAACCUAUGCAAUCAAACGAGUUGAAUUCACAAAGAAUGUAAGGCGUGAAGCAGAAGGACUUGCAAGACUUACACAUGAAAACAUAGUGCGGUAUCAUUGCAGCUGGAAAGGGUACGACCAUAUAACUAGUCGAGAUGCAAGCCUGAAUUCAGACAAAACAACUCGCUGUCUUUUCAUCCAAAUGGAAUUCUGUGAAAAAGGGACCUUGGAAAAGUGGAUUGGAGAGAAUAGAGAAGACCAAAACUAUCAUGAAAUGGCACAAAACAAAUUUUUACAAAUAAUGAAAGGAGUAGAAUAUAUUCAUUCUGAGAAGUUAAUUCAUAGAGACCUCAAGCCUCCGAAUAUAUUCAUAUCACAUGAUGAUAAAAUAAAAAUAGGUGACUUCGGUCUUGUGACUCCUGUGGCAUAUGAGACUCUGACUAAGAACAUAGGAACAAAAUCAUAUAUGGCACCAGAACAGUUCGGGGACAGAUAUGGAAAGGAAGUAGAUAUUUAUGCACUGGGACUAAUUUGGUUUGAAAUUCUUUCAGCACUUACUAAUCAUGAGAAAAAUGAGGUAUGGCCUUCUGUUAGAGAAGGUCAUUUUCCAGAGAGUUUCACCAACCAAUUUCCACCAAAGGCAUCCAUAAUCAAAAAGAUGCUUUCAACAGACCCUUUCAAGAGACCCUCUGCAACUCGAAUACUUGAUCUUGUUAAGUCUGUUGAUAAAGAGAAGUCACCUAAAAAUUAUACUUGUUAAAUGCCCUUUUAAAAGGGUUUCAGACUCUGUUUAAAUCCAGAGUUUCGUGGAUUUAUUGAAACUGACAACAUAACAAUAGAUGUAAGAAGCAACAGCAAGACUUGGGGUAUGUCUUUUCCUUGGUGCUUUGCCUUCCUGCCAUUGUCGAGUCUGUCAGCUCGAAGGCCACAUCACCAUUCAUGUCCAUUGGCUGCAGACCAGGACUGGAUACUUCUGCAAUGAAUCACUUGCAAUUUUUACCUGAAAAUACAGGUUGUGGAUGAGCUGAACUGUAUUCUACAAAUAAGUAAAAGAACCUAGUCCUUUUCUGUUAGAAGAUUAUGUUGAUGGGCUUAAGUGCUAACUGGCCUGUGGCAAAUCCCUGGAUGUGGUGCUGUAUCCGUUAUUCUUUGAGGUUAUCUAUUGCUUUCCGUGGAAGAAGUGCUGUUUUCUGGUAUGUGACUCAAACCUUUCUGAUUUUUCAGUGAUACUUUUAAUAAUUACUGGAAUACUCCCUUUAAAACUAAGACUAGUUUUGGUAGAAAAGAUAGUAGGAAUAGGCAUGGGCUAUUCACUGAAUUUCAGUACUGUAAGGUGAGCUUUCUUAUCUGUUUACAUCUGUUGAUGACCUAGCACCUUCAGUGCUCUAAAAUUUAAUAAGAUAUACUUUUAAAGUAGGCAUUUAUUAAGAAUUUAAAUGUUAAAUGUUCAGCUUCUAGGAAAUCUACUUGAGAAAGUUCUAAACUUCUGAAAAACUUGGGUUUUGAUGGUUUGGUUUGUUUUUAUUUUUUUGAAAGGAACACUUAAGGUGCUAUUAAUAUAGCAAAAUUCUCCAGACUUUCCUCAGUAGUAAUCAUUUGAAGUCCUAUGCUGAGAGAGCACUUUUAACAUUCCUUCCUAUGCUGCUAGGUUUUAAUCCCUGUUAUAAUACUGAGGAAUGCCUAACCCUUAAUUCAGUGUACUGAAUACCUCUGGUGCUUCCACUGUCAGCCCCACAAAAGUUAACAGCAGUUUUUCUGUUACUCUUCAGUUAUAUACUUCAAAGAGUUCAGAGUUGCCUGAACUCAAAGUAUUGUGUGUGCAGUGGUGGGGAGCAGGGCGAAAAGACAGGCAUGUUAGUCCUUCCAACUGCUUGCCUUUGAGCUGUAUCUUGUCGAACUGUUCAUUGCUGUAGAGCCAAUGUAACUCUAUAAGGGCAAAUGAAGAGAGAUUUCUAAUCAGAAAAAUAGGUCAAGUACUGUAUGCCUUUCCUGAAAUGUUAAAUGGGUUCAAUGUGGGUGAUUGCUUAAAAGGAAUAAUGUAAAUUAAUGCAUGCCAAUUUUUAUAAUCUUAUGCAAAUUAUUGCUGUUCUACUGUGAGUAUUUGUUGCUAAAUAAGAAUCUGAAUGUACAUACUUUUGUAAGGCCUUAAGCAGUUCUGGGUUUUUUUCUCAUUAUCGUGAAUCAUACAUAUAGAAUCAUAGAAUGCUUUGGGUUGGAAGGGACCUUAAAGAUCAUCCAGUUCCAACCCCG